AUGCUACAAGAACUUCUUGCAUUUGCGUAUGAAGCGCCCAGUCUCCCUAUUCCCAAUUUGUGCGCGUCGCUCGUUCUCCCCCUCCAAGCGCGUCUAUUAGUAGCGCCACCAUCAAACUCAAACACUACAACGAGAGUUGUCUUGCUAUUUCUAGCUAUCAGCGUUGCUGCACUGGGCGAGACUCCAGACACACGCGACAACUUCAUCAUUGGUUUCACCUACAAUGUUUUCAUUUUCGCCAGUUGCAUGCAUUCAGUGCAUCUAACUUUCACCACACGUAGCCGAAUCGACACGCCCAAGAUCAUUUCCUUCUCCCAACACGACCACCACGAUUUAGGGUGGGGUGGUGCGGUCGAGAUGCUGACCAACCUUCGAGGAAUCGGGAUGAGCUGGGGGAUUGCGCACGAGAAGCUGCCGGCAGUGUAUGAAAAUUUUGCUUCGAGCCUUCUACUCGAUAUAGUCAAACAUCACGUCAUCUCACUCUCCGCUAUGGCCGCACUUUCGCGUUUUGGCCAGCACAAUCACGGUAAGACGCUGUGCGAAUUGGUGGGGUGCGAUGUAGCCAUCACUGUCGCCAUGUUCGGACUUGCUUGGUCUGCUAUCACUUUGACGUAUAACAUAUACUCACUUUGUGUCUAUACUCUCGCUAAAUUGUGCGACUUGCCUUUUGAUAACUACAGGUGGCCGCCACUGUUUGGGAACCCUCUCGCCGCUGAUAGCAUACGCACGUUCUGGAACGAUAAAUGGCAGUGUUCCUUUAGGCGUCACUUUAUUAUGUGCGGAUAUAAGCCGGUUUUUCACUCGCUCAAUAGUCUGUGCAUUCCUGGUGAUAUUCCCCACUAUUGCGGUAUUAUUGGUGCCUUCACUGUCAGUGGUCUUCUCCAUGAAUACUGCAUAAGGUGCACGUCUGGUAAGAUGCUCAUGUAUGGCUCAUAUCCUACUUUCAAAUUUUUCAUCAUCUCCGGCUUGGCAAUUGUAGUCGAGAACUUGGUAAAGGAAUGCACCGGUCGGAGAGUCGGAGGCAUUUAUGGUCGCUUAUGGACCUGGUCCCUCCUCUUCAUCCCCGCACUUCACAUGUCUAGACAAUGUCUUCUUGCGUUCGGUCCGAUGUCAGACUUUGUGGAUUGGGAGGUAUGGAGGUGGUUUGUACCUCUCUCGUUCGCCAUCAAAGCGUAG